AUGACGACGUCGACGUCCGCGCGUCGUCGCGCCGAUUGCCGAAAACUCCUGCGGUUGACGUGCGAGAUCUUAAACCUCCCGAUCGACACGUGCGCGUGCGCUGUGACGCUCGCUGAGAAACUCUACAAAAAAGUCGAUGCCGAGGAAGAGACGCCGUCGACGAGCGACGCGCGGGCGGAGCGGUACGCGGCGGACAUUGUGUGCAUGACGUGUACGUUUUUAGCGUGUAAGCUCGAAGAGAGCGUGGUCGGGAUGUCGGAUUGCGCGAACGCGUGCGCGAACGCGGCGCACACGCUCGAGCGUUGCGGCCUCGGCGUCGAGCAGAGGGCGGUGAUCGAAGUCAGUGAGGAGGAGAAGCGGGAGUCGAGAGAGGGCGCGAGAUUAGCGGGGUACGGUGAGGACGAAGGCGUGGAGGUUGGGGCCGAGUGGGUAAUUGUAGGGGGGCGGUAUCGCGCGUACAAGGCGCGCGCGCUCGAGCUCGAGUCGGAGGUUUUGCGGGCGGUGAAUUACGAGCUCAACUUCGAUAAACCGCACGCCGUGGCGUUGCAUUUGGUGCGUCUGAUCGAGGGUGGGAGCGAUCUAGCGCAAGCGACGAUCACGGUGCUCAUGGAUGCACUUUUUGAGAUUGACGGUUUGACAACUGGACGAGCGGACGAAGCAACGCUCGCUGCAGCGGCUGUGCGCUAUGCGAGCAAGAUAUUGGAUUGUGAGCGCACGUUGAGGCGUUCCAAGGACGGACGCGUAUGGUGGGACGCGUUAGGGUUCGAUUCGGUGUCAAUGGACGAAGUCGAGGCCAUGGUGAUGCACGGCGUUUGCGAAAGAGAGCGUGUGGUGGCAAAAUUGUUUACAACAGAACAGAACGCAUGA